AUGGUUUACUUGAGCCAGCUGGCCGUUCGGCCGGCCCGAAGGGCCAAGCGCGCCGCUGAGGCAGCGGCCGGCCGCCGCAGCCACGCGGAGCGGCGCGUGAAUGUCAGCCCCAGGUCAGCGGCGCCCCAAGGCGAGGUCGAGCUGCAUGCGCUGGACGCGUCCCAUUUGCGGCGCGCGAUCAGUGGCGCGUGGCGAUUUGAGGGGCUGCUCGACCCCGCGGUUGCGGCGGCCGCGCUGCAGAUUGCCGUCGACCGCUUCCCCCUGGUCGCCGGCUGGCUUGAGCGCCACGGGACGGGGGGGCUGGCGCUGCGCUGGGACGCGGACGCGGAUGGCCGCGGCGCGGCGUGGUACGAGGCCAUCGCGCCUGGCUCGCCGCCGGAGGUGACAGAUGACGUCCUGCUCUACGAAACACAGUGCCUGCCCACCAUGAAGCGCCACUGUCUGCUGGCCGCCAAGGUCACGCAAUUUCCUGAUGCCAACGCGACCCUGAUGGUCAUCACCAUAGACCAUGUGGUGGCGGAUUACAAGUCCUUCCUGGACUUCCUAUCCGCCUGGUCUGACGAGUGCGAAGCUAUCGCGGCCGCGAGCCGUGGCGUCGGCGCCGCUCCAUGCGCAAAGUGGGGCGCCAGGCCGGCGCCGGUGUGGGACCGCUCUCUGCUGGUCGACCUCUCCCCGCCGGUCAGCCGUGCCUCAAGCAGCAGCGGCAGCGGCAGCAGCGGCUCGAGGGACGGGACGCGAACGCCCCCCCAGGCGGCGAGCGAGGGCGGCAGCAGCGGGGUUGCGGACAACGGCGUCAGCAGCAGCGGCAGCGGCAGCACGGACGGGAGCUCUGCUGUUGCGCGCGCCGGCAAGGACAGCGCCUUCUGGGAGGGGGAGCCCGUGUGGCAUGUCGACGUCCUCAGCCGCCGCCAGAACGUCCUCAUGCUCGGCAAGGGGCUGCUGGGCAUGGCCGGCUGCGAGAGCCGCUCUUGGGUGCUGCCGCGCGCCGCGAUAGACGGCUUGAAGGCGCGCCUGAGCGGGGCCGCCGGCGGCGGUGCCGCUGUCCAGCCGACGACGAACGACGUCCUUAGCGCCUUGGUGGCGGCGAGCGUCGCCUGGGUGAGCCCCGGCAAGGUGGCGCGGCGCGGGGGCCUCAAUGCACACGUCGUCGUCAACUCACGCGGGCGCUUUGGCCAUGCAGCGGGCGACGACUUCUUUGGCAACACGUCUCUCCUGGUCCCAGUGUGGUGCCCCGCCGCCCUGCUGCCGGCGGCCGACGCGCCGUCGCCAGAGCCCUCCGCGGCUCUCGCCGCCCACAUCCACUCUGCCCUGCGCGAAGAGCUGUCCGCGCCGGCCGGCCUGAUGCGGCGGCGGUACGAGUGGAUGGCAGCUGCGCAAGGCGCGGGCGUGGGUGGCGCUGUGAGGUCGUGCGAGGCGGCGGCGCUGCUGGAGGGGGAUGUGUGCAUCGACAACGUCAGCAAAUAUGACGAGGUGUUCUCUGUCAAGUUUGGCGGCGCUGCCCCAGCCUCGUCCAACUCAAUGAGGUUCCUGGCCUGCCCCCGCCUGGCCUGGGUCACGGCUGCGGGCCCAACCGGCCAUCCUGCUGACGGCAGCUCCCACGGCGACCUGCGCGUGUCACUGGCCCUCAAGCGCAAGAAGUGGGCACGCCUGGCGCCCUGGUGGAAGGCGAUGGGACUGCGCCAGGUGGGAGCACUGGGAACCUUGGACGUGAUGAUCUACCAUCCCACUAGCCUGCGAAACCUGGUGUCCGAGGUCACGCGCACGCCUGUCAUGGGGCUGUGA